CUAUAUAUUUUGGUGGUUGAAUAUUCAUUUACUAAUACCGCUUCUUGUUAGCAUGAACGGGGUUCAAUCUCAAGUUUUUGGUGUUACUGACACGUUUUAAUCAACUAAGCCAGUUAACCUUUCCUCUUGACAUUCGUUCAAGUCUUUCUUGUUUGUAUGUGGUUGUUUUUAAUGUAAAUCCAAACUCUUAGCUACCCCACCACAUUGAAUUUCAAAGUAGUAGGUUUGAUCUCACUUUCAUUGAAAAUCUGUUUCAUCCCAAGUUGAACCAAUAAAUGGAAAAAACAGGGCAGGAUUCCAAUUCCCCUGUUGGUGUUCUAGAGGACUAUUUUCGAAGUGUAGAAUCUGAUACAAAUUCAUCCAAUGAUGCAAAUGAAACCCAGAAAAACCCGAAAACGGGUUCUCGUUUUCGCGGUUUUAUGGACUUGUUAAGGUCUAAAUCCAAGAAGCAAUUACCUGCAUUGGGGUCUCUAAAUGUGCCCAAGUUAUCAGGGUUGAGAAGUAAUAGUAUGAGGGAGAAUUCGAAUUCGAGUUCGAUGUUUUCAAUGUCAAACAGGUGUUAUUUUGGCAAUGCUGAUUCACCUUCUAGGAAUUUCACUCUUUUUGAGCUACAAUUGGCAACAAAAAAUUUUAGCCAAGAGAAUUUCAUUGGGAAGGGUGGAUAUGCUGAAGUUUUUAAAGGAGUAUUGAGUGAUGGGCAAGUUGUUGCUGUGAAACGACUUGCUCGUGGCACGCCUGAAGAAAGGAUCGCGGAUUUUUUGACUGAGCUAGGGAUAAUGGCUCAUGUUAGCCACCCUAAUACGACGAAGUUGAUUGGUUAUUGUGUUGAAGGAGGAAUGCAUCUUGUUCUUGAAUAUUCACAUCUUGGCAGUUUAGCUUCAUUGUUACAUGGUUCAAAGGGAAAAUUGAAUUGGAGUGCUAGGUAUAAGAUUGCAUUAGGGAUUGCUGAGGGACUAAUGUACCUGCAUUAUGGUUGUCAACGGCGAAUUAUUCAUAGAGAUAUCAAAGCAGCAAAUAUUUUGCUCAGAAAAGACUUUGAACCCCAGAUUUGUGAUUUUGGGCUUGCGAAAUGGCUACCGGAUAAAUGGACUCAUCACAUUGUUCUGAAAUUUGAAGGAACUUUUGGCUAUCUUGCACCUGAAUUCAUGAUGCAUGGCAUAGUUGAUGAAAAAACAGAUGUUUUUGCAUUCGGUGUGCUCUUGUUGGAGCUAGUUACUGGUCGCCGUGCUCUUGAUUGCUCACAGCAAAGCCUUGUGUUGUGGGCCAAACCGUUAUUAAGAAAGAAUAACAUCAGAGAGCUUAUUGAUCCUGCUCUAGAUAACCGCUUCAACUCAAAACAGAUGAAGCUUAUGCUUUUAGCUGCUGCCUUGUGUGUACAACGCUCUUCAAUUAGACGACCUCAGAUGAAUCAGGUUUUACAGCUUCUAAAAGGAAAUCUUAGCAGCAUGGAGUCCAUGAAGAAAUAUAAAAAAUCAACAUUUUGGAAGAUGUAUUGUGAAGAGAUUACUGAAGCAUAAAAUGUACAGAUUCAGAGCAACUGCUUUUUUAGUAUAAAGGUUUAGACAGCAACCAAAAGAUUUUGCUAAACUCAUCUACACAUACUGUUUUUUGUCACAAGUAUCAACAGGCAGUCUGUUAGUUUUGGAUGCUCGAUCCGUUUAUCAUCAAUUCAUCAGUGUUAUACAAGAGCCUCAAUGCCUGAUUACAUCAGCUAGAUUGCAAGAAAUUGUAAUCGUGAUUUUUACCAUACAAGAAUACAAACAAAAUAUUGUAGUUGCAGCAUAAAAUAGUAUGAACUGUCAAAAGAACUUAGUUAUCAGGCUUUGUAAGAUGUACAGUUUGGUAAGAUAGGAGAAGAAUAGCAAAAGUUGAAAAUCAA